CCCCACCCUCGUCCCCCCCUCCCGCUUCCAAUCACACUCCCGAUGCUGGAGCCGAGCGUCAUUUCAGCCUCGGCGGCUCUGCAGAUAUGGCGACGACGCUGACAGUGGUCCAGCCACUCACUUUGGACAGAGAUAUUGCCAGAGCAAUUGAACUGCUGGAGAAACUACAAGAAUCUGGAGAAGUACCGGGACACAAGCUGCAGUCACUUAAAAAAGUACUGCAGAGUGAGUUUUGUACAGCUAUCAGAGAGGUAUAUCAAUAUAUGCAUGAAACCAUAAAUGUUAAUGGCUGCCCAGAAUUCCGUGCAAGAGCAACUGCAAAGGCAACAGUUGCUGCUUUUGCAGCAAGUGAAGGCCAUUCUCACCCUCGAGUGGUAGAACUGCCAAAGACUGAUGAAGGCCUUGGCUUUAAUGUAAUGGGAGGAAAGGAACAAAAUUCUCCUAUUUAUAUUUCUCGCAUAAUUCCUGGAGGAGUAGCUGAGAGACAUGGAGGACUCAAACGGGGAGACCAGCUGCUUUCUGUUAAUGGAGUGAGUGUGGAAGGAGAACACCAUGAAAAAGCUGUGGAGCUUCUGAAAGCUGCUAAGGACUGUGUCAAGCUGGUGGUACGCUAUACUCCCAAAGUGUUGGAUGAGAUGGAGGCUCGCUUUGAGAAGCUGAGGACAGCACGACGCAGGCAGCAGCAGCAGUUGCUGAUUCAGCAGCAACAGCAGCAGCAAAAUUCACAACAAAACCAUAUGUCAUAGAUUGUUCUCAAGGAAGAAAUUCUAAAUCAAGAAUUCAGCAAUUUAGCAGCAAAGCUGUGUUUCGUAUGUCAACAUGCAGUAAAAGAGCAGCAGCAAUGACAAUACACCUGCAGUCACCAGCAAACUCUGAAAGAUUGCCAGACGUGUUUGGCAAGCCAACAUAAUAAAUCCUUCCAGUGAGGUUUUUCAGUCUACUGAAGUCCUAAGAUGAAAGGUUUCUUAGACUCUACUCCUGUUGUAUGGUAAGGUUUUUAAAAAAGAAAAAGUUGUUUUUAAAAAACCAGAAAACGAACACUCUGUGAAAUUGAGUGUUUUAAUAUCUUCUGAAUGAAUGAAUGUGUGUGCAAUCCAGUCCUGCUGUCUUUACAACACUUCAAUGUGAAUUUGUUAGAUGGAUGCAAGAUGAACCACUGCUGAGAGUGAAGACUGUCCAGCAUUCGUGGCCCAGAUCUAGCUCAAGUCAUGCUUUUAAAAGGUAUUUAUGUAGAAUCAGAACGAGUUGAUUCAGAUUGUAGAUGGGAAAGUGCUCUAGACUGCACACUGAAAGCAAUGCAGUAUGGAUAGACACAUUCACAUUUAGAUGCCAUCCCUUUUAUGUCCACGGUUCCUUAUCCAGUAAGUGAUACAUGGGAGGGAGCCAGCUUUCAUGUACAAAACUCCUUAUCUGGAUUGAGGACCGUGUUCAAGAUGUAACAAUAUGAGGGAAAAUUGCAUCAGUUAUAAAAGUCUUGCCACUUGUACAUCUUGCAUAACAUCUUCACAUCACAAUCUUGUACAGCUGUUUUAAUCUGAA